UAUCACAUUUGCUUGAAAUAAUAUUAGAAGCCAUUGAUAAAAUAAAAAAAAGUAUUUUUGACUUUUAUUUUGAAGUUUGCAUUUGAAUACCGGAAAGAAAGGAACGGACAUUUAAACAGCGUUCCAUGAACGUAAAUAGCAGGAUUGGAUCUAAGAAAAUGGAGCUUCCACCCCACGAAGGAUCGGUACUCUCUGUGGUUGACAUGCACACAGGUGGAGAGCCUUUGCGCAUUAUCCUUAGUGGUUACCCAGAGGUAAAGGGCGAGGGUGUGCUAUCCAAACGGCGCUACGUGAGAGAGCAUCUGGACUACCUACGGAGAGUGUUGAUGUUCGAACCAAGAGGACACUAUGACAUGUACGGAGCCCUGGUCGUGGAGAGUGAGAUACCUGAAGCCGACUUGGGGGUUCUUUUCAUGCACAACGAAGGUUACAGUACCAUGUGUGGCCAUGCAGUCAUUGCUCUUGGGAGGUUCGCUGUAGACUACAAACUUGUUCAAGAGCCAAGUUCGCCAGAGACGCAGGUGAAUAUACACUGUCCAUGUGGCCUGGUUAAGGCAUUUGUGGAGUACUCCAAUGGUAAAACCGGAGGUGUGAGGUUCCACAGUGUUCCAGCGUUUGCAUUUGCAACUGAUGUAAUUGUUGCUGUGCCUGGGCAUGAUGAAGUCACUGUUGAUAUAAGCUACGGAGGAGCAUUCUACGCAUUUGUAAGUGCAGAGCGAUUUGGCCUGGACAUCAACAAGUCCAAGACCAGGGAUCUGGUGGAUGCAGCUACUGCAGUGACCAACUCUGUCAAAUCUCAGGUAAAACUGCAUCACCCAACCAGUGAGGACCUGGCCUUUCUCUAUGGCACCAUCCUCACAGAUGGAAAAGAUGCCUAUUCCCAAGAGCCCACUGCUAACAUGUGUGUGUUUGCAGAUGCCCAGGUGGACAGAAGCCCUACAGGUUCAGGGGUCACUGCCCGUGUGGCUCUCCAGUACCAUAAAGGCCUCAUCCAACUCAACCAGACUAGGACCUUCCAGAGUGGGGCCACAGGAUCUCUGUUCACUGGCAAAGCUGUUCAGGACACCACAUGUGGAGACUUCAAGGCUGUGGUGGUUGAGGUGGCUGGCAGAGCACACUACACUGGCGUGGCCAGCUUUGUGCAGGAAAGUGAUGACAAGCUAAAACUUGGUUUCCUGCUGAAAUAGGAGCAGCUACCAGUGUCCACAACCACUGAGUGCAUCUCCAUCCAAGCAAAGGACCAUAUCAGAUUGCAAAUAAAUUGUUUUAAAAAUAUAU